AUGCCGUGGGACGAACGACGCUCGUCCUCGCCGUGGCAUGCGCGCCGGCCGCGUCGCUCGGCGUUUGAGAGCUUCGAUGAGGCACAGUGGCUUUCGGGUGUGCGCGAACAUCUGCGCACAGCCCUGGUUGGACCACCGCCGCCUGCAUCAGACAUGCCUUGGAUUCGCGACCGACGGCGACCGCUCACGCUCUCGUCGUCAGACGAUGAGCAGGAGCCUGCGAUGGAGGAAGACCCACGCGCCAAGGCGCACCUUUCACUGACCGCCGACGCUAUGGAGGAAGUGCUUGCCCUGGGUGGUAUUGUGGAUCAAGACGACCAGGGGCCUGUGCACUUGGACGGCUUUGCAGAGCAAGUGUGGCGCGUCGAUACGCCAUCGACGUCACAGGCGCCCUCCUCGUUGCUGUCUGCUUUUCAGCGCGAUACCACAGGCCCAGUCGACUUUGAUGCGCUGCUGCAGUUCCGUGCCCGGAUGGCGCAGCGCACGAGCCCUACACCCCACAUUCAAGUGUUGGACCACGAUGCCGGUCCGCCAGAUACCCUAAUGCAGGCGGAAGAGGACGCGCCGAUGGAUGCACGGCCGUCGCUGCCCGACUCGUUCCUAUCUCAUGCUCCGCAGACUGAGCCGAUGACGCAGGCCCCCCACCCUCCUUCGCCGAUCCUUGUCCUGUCCGACAGUGAUCAUGAGUCGGAUCACGCGGGAAGCAUGCACCCAACGCACGAUCGGUGCGUGCCUCACGAAACGAGAGGCGCUCUUUAUGAGGAAAGCGACGAGGACAGUGAUGAGAAUGUCUCGGAGGACGAAAGUGAGGAGGAAGAAGACGAGAUCCAGGACGAAAGCGAGGAGGAAAGUGAGGAGGAAAGCGAAGAGAAAGGAGAAGAGGAAGGAGAAGAGGAAGGAGAAGAGGAAGGAGGGGAAGUCAGCGAAGAUAAAGAGGACGAGGUCGAAGUGGAUAGCGAGGAUAAAGCAGGGGAGGAAAGCGAGGAGGAAGGAGGGGAGGAAAGCCAAGCUAAUGAAGGGGGGGAAAGACAAGAUGAAGGAGAGGAAGAGAGUGAAGAGGAAGGAGGGGAGGAAGGUGAAGAGGAAGGAGGGGAGGAGAGCCAAGAUGACCUGAAAGUGAACGAGACGCGUGAAGAGCAAGAGGGCGAGAAACGCCAAGAGGAAGAAGACGAAUCGGAAAGCGGAAAAGAUCAGAAAAGUCCAGAGCGAGCAGACGAGAAUGAACAGGAGGAAACACCUAUAGAAGAGCCGAAAAGUCAAGAGGUGCAUCCACCCAGUCAAGAUCGAGGGCUCCCAGAUCAUCCAGCUGCGGCUCCCAAGGACGAGGCAGACCAGGCUCACGACAACGAAUACAUCGCUGAGAACAGAUCUGGCCAUGCUGUGAUGCCGACAUACGACCUGGCACGCUCCGUGAAUCCGUCCAUGCUCUUGUCUCGCACAGACGCCGACACGCUUGCCUCGCCCACUCCGCGUCCCCUGCCCCCUCCAUCCCAUGGCCCAUAUCAGCGCCUGGCCCUGUCCAAGCUCACCGGAGCACCGAGUUUUAUCGUGCCUUCACUCACCUGCGAUCCACACGUGCUGGAAGAAGAGGGCGCUGAGCUCGGCGAUGUGCUCCCAGACGGCCUCGACAUGGCGCCCCUCGAUCCAGACACGUUGCCCGAACCCGUACUCUCUACUUUAUGCCGGAUCGUCGGCUUUUCCAUGCUCGAUGACGUAUACGUCAUGCCAUCUCCCACGUCUGAGCCUGCGCCAGAUGCGAUCCGCAAGCGACCGCGCCGCUCUUCACCGACGGCGCCCCUCCAAAUGCGCCUCCGAACGCCGGAAGAACGUCGACCUCCACGGCAUUAUUCGCCCGAUCUAUAG